AAAUUAAGUGAAGCAAAGAAAUGCUGCACAUAUGAUGAGGGAGUCCUUCUGUUGGUCACAGCUUGAGUUAAAUGUACGAGCUCCUCCUCAAUCGGAAGUUAAAGAACAGACACGUGGAUCAAAAUUAUCUGAAACAUGAAACACUCUCUCGUCUCUCUGUUUAAUCCUUUGACUGAAGACAUUCAAGAAGAUGAUCUUCUGGAUCCUGCUGCUCUUCAUCCUGACCUCCUCUUUCUCUGGAUCAUUUGUAGUGAAUGUGACACAGAGCUCCUAUCAGGCAGAGGAGAACCACAACAUCACACUGGAAUGGACGUUCACCACCAACACUCAACGCUCCUCAAAUUACUUUUCUACCCUCUGUCAACUGUUCACUGAUGUCAGACAGUCAGUCCUGUUUCACAUACAUGAAGGUGUGGAGGUUCCAGAGUCUCAGGAUGAACAGUUUGCAGGACGAGUCCAGUGGGACAAAGACGUCCUCAGAGAAGGACGACUCAGACUUCAUGUGUCCAGACUCAGGACUGCUGACUCGGGUCUGUACCAGUGUGACAUGCUCACAAGAGAUGGGAAGAACUCUAGACAAUGUCACCUCAAUGUCACUGCAGAGAGGGAUCGGCCUGAACCUGAGACACAAAGCACAACAAAUCUGGCAAGAGAUCCUUCACAACCAGAGAGUCGGGGAAGGAUCGUCCUCUACUGUGUACUGGGACUGACAGCAGCUGUACUGGUUUUGUAAUAAUUCAAAUGGUCAUUCAGCCCUGCGAUAAGGCAUUAAGAUUUUUAUGCCUUGAAGUUUAAUAAGUAAAUGAAUACAUUUUUCUAAUGCUUAUUUUUUGAUAAAAAUAAAUACAUAAAACCUUUGCUUUUUCUAUUU